AUGACAAGGAGUUUUGAUUCAUUAUCGAAAUCACAUUGUAGUGGAAGGAUGGUUACAGGUCCCGAUAAAAUGUAUUUUGUCUCUGCAUUGAUAUUAAUGUUUAUACCAGAGAUUCCAUUUUUGGUUACAGUGUGUCAACUAUUUGAAGAAUAUAUAAAGGCAGGAAUAUAUGUAAUAUCAAUAUUCCUUUGGUUAUCGAGUUAUGUUUUCAUUUUAAUCACAUCAUAUACAGACCCAGGUAUAGUUCCACGAGGAUCAUACAGUGAGGCUGCAGAGGCAUUCAAUAUGACAUCAAAUGGUGUGAAACUUGUAGUAUAUUUAGACCUCCAAGAGCAAACCAUUGUGGUAUUUGUAAUAAUUGUGUUGAAAAAUUCGACCAUCAUUGUCCUUGGGUUGGAAAUUGUAUUGGUAGAAGAAAUUAUAAAUAUUUUAUGUACAUUGUUAUUUACAGUUGGUACAACUUGUUCAUGGAUGAUUGGGAUAUGUAUAGCCAAUAUUGUAAUAUAUGCACAGAGGGCACGGCUCGAUCAUCCAUUUGACAGCUCUGCUAGUAUUUUUAACAUGGCACUCAACGAAUCACAUUAUCUCUCGAUCAUCAUUAUAGUCUAUGCUCUGGGAGGCAUGAUCUUUGUUGGCAGUCUUGGUGGAUUCCACUGCUACCUCAUUGUCGUUGCCAAGACGACAAACGAACACAUUAAAAAAUCGUUCCGCAAGGGUAACCCCUUUACAGACGGUUUGCUCCGUAACUGUUUCUCUAUAUUCUGUGGUCCCCAUUUCCCAAGUUUCUACAGAAUGACUCAUAAAGAAAAGAAUAUCGAACUCAUGGCUUUGCCUCCUUUGGCAAAUAAUAAUAAUAAUAAUAAUGACAGUAAUCAUAACUUAAAUAAUCUAAAUAACGCAUCACCUUCAUCUUCAACCACAACACCUUUAAAUAAUAUAUCUUCUUCUUCUCCUGUUUUAAAUAAUCAAAAUACCCAAAAUAAUAUUGAUAUUGGUAUUAAUAUGAAUACUGCUGGUUCACAAUCACCUCUACAUGAUCAUAUAGUCGAUGUUGAGACUCAACCUACACCAUCUCCACCAUCAUCUUCUUCAAUAUCUUUACAUUCCAAUACUGAUGAUGACGAUGACGAUGAUGAUGACGAUGGUUCUGCACCAACAAUGAAUUUAAAAGAAUUCUUACAACAAAAGAGUAGAAAGUCAACCCAACAACAACAACAACAGGAUGAUAAUAAACCAGAUGAUGGUGAUAAAGAGGAUGACAAGGACAAAUAG